UGACCAUGAACAAUUCAAAUAAACAAGAACACUGAUGGGGUUCACAUCAUUUUCGUUUUUUCUUCUUAUAUAUUCCCAAUGCUUAGUUGUAAAACUUUCAGAAGGAGAUGUCAGUGAGUUGAAUAAUGUUGAGGAAUUUGUUGGUGACCAAUCAAAAUAUCAUGACAUAAAUGAUAAUGUGAAUCUUGGUGACAAGGAUGCUCAGUCUGUUCGGAAUCCGGAGACACAUAGCACUUCGAUAGACCAGGAGAAAAAUGUGGUUCUCAGACGCAAAGCUUCUGAGUCACUGGAUUCAUCAGAGAAUCAAGAAUCUCCAGGGGCAGGUCAAACAUCAAGUGAAUCCAUAAUCCCUCCUGGAACAAAUCAGGAAUCAGCUGGACUUGACCACAAAGAUGUUCAGGAGUCUAUUCUAGAAGAACUUCCUUCAUUGGAUUCAGUUGCUGCAGAAGGUAUUAACACACAUGAAAUCCCGACUUUCAAUGAAUUCCAUGCAAUGGUUUCAGAAAGGUCACAAUCACGUAAAGGGCAAGAUUGUGACGUUGUCGGAAAUGUUGGUGUGACCGAUUCUGACUAUGAUGUCAAUAUUAAACAAAAAAUUAAGGCUUCACAAAUUCCUCAGGGAUCCGAAAAAAUACUGCAAACACAUAGUGAUGUUAAUCCAUCGGUUAAAUCUGCGAAAAAUCAAAUAGUUCAAGAUGUAUCAGAAAAAAGUGUUUUCACAGAUGAUAGUUCGUUUUCCGAUAAUAUCCAGAAAGAUUCUGUUAGUGAACAGCAUCAGUCUUUGCAAGUGAAUUCUGUUGUGACGUCUAACUCAGAAACAAAUUCCAAACCAAGUCCUCAUGUUACUUCACAACCUGUAAUUACCGCCACCACCACCACCACCGCAGCAACAACAAUAACUAACAAUGAUGCUGUUCAUACACCAAACAAAAUUGACUUAACUCUUCGGAGAAAUGUCGCUUCUGUAGCAUGUGGUGCAAAGAUGUUAGGAUUCAGUAAAGCGAUAAAAAACCCUGAGGCUGUACUCAAUGAAAACAAUGAUGAAUAUAUGAAUGUUCCGUGUAGUGAAGAAAAAUGGUUAAUUCUAGAAGUGUGCCAACCGGUUCAUCUACGGACUAUAGAACUAGCAAAUUUUGAACUAUUUUCAUCACGGUUGAAAUCGUUUCGAGUUUAUGCUAACGAUCGAUAUCCAGCAAAGUCCUGGGAAUUGAUUGGUACAUUCACCGCUCGAGAUGUUAAGGGAAUACAGUCUUUCAGUGUUUAUAGUGGAAAAAUGAUCAAAUAUGUUAAAUUCGAAUUGACUGAACACUAUGGUUCAGAACAUUAUUGUCCCUUAACUAUGAUUAGAAUAUUCGGUUUGGGUUCCGAUGAUUUAGAUGAUGAUGACGAUGUUGAUGAUGUUGAUGUUAGAUUAAUGAAUGUGCCAGAAUCUACUUCGAAUCAUGAUCCGACGAUUACUUUGACUAAGGAUAAAAAUCAACAUUUGGAAAAUCAAGAAAAUGAUAUUAUUACUAAAGACAGCAACGCAAAAAAUGAGCCUAAAGAUGAUCAAACUUCAUUGAACACUAGUAGUAGUAACGAUGGUAUGUAUGAUACUAUAGAGAUAAUGGAAGACAACAAUCACCACAUGGUCAAUGUCAGUACAUAUGAUCCCGAACUAAAACCAACUAAUUUAGAUCUGACCAGUGAAUAUUAUCCUAACAAUCGGAUUGACGAUCAUGAUCAUGAACACGUUGUUACCAAGUUGUCUAAUAUUGAUUCUACUAACAGCGAUUCAUCUGUAUAUUCCUCGACUGUAUCCCACACGGAUGAUACCACUUCUUCUGAUCAUCAUAAAUUAUUGAGAGAUCGAAGUAAGAAACAUUCGGGACGAGCAACCACUGAAAAAAAUAUCGAAAAUCACAAUGAUAAUUAUAAAAAUAAAUUUUGUGGGAAAAUAGAUCCUAUCAAGGUAUUUCAUAAACCAUUUUGUCCAGCUGGAUCCAUACUGUAUCGUUCUAUAAAUCAUAUCAAUGAUCAUUCUAUAACAACUACUUGUCAUACUUCUAAUGUUGCAAACAGCGAUUCACCAACUCCACAUGAAUCUGAUUUUUAUCCAACUAUAAAUAUUCGUGCUAAAACAUCAGCUACAAUGAAAUUAUCAUCGCCUAUUGUUAAAAUUAAACAAAAUAAUAAAUCAUUACAAAAUAUGAGUACAAUUAAUUUAACAUCACAAUUACAUAAUAAACUAUUUAAUCAAGCUCUUAAUCAAAUGAACUUUUUUACUCGUUUGACAAACGCUAUAAAACGUACUGUAUUCGGUAUAUUUUUACAGUUUUUCCCAUCAGCUCAAGAUACUACCAAUCUGAUUCUACAUGAUAUUAUUCCAACAUUAGAAAAUUUCCAUACAAUUAAUUAUUUAUUCAAUCCAAUUGGUUUUUCUAAUCCAUUAUGUAAAGAUUCUAUGAUGUAUUUAACAAUGAAUCAAAUUGAAGGUUUAUGGUCUUUACGUAAAUGUCUUAUAUUAUUAGAUUUACAAUAUACUUCUAUAAAUUCUCAUUCAUUUACAUCACUGAAUUUAAUCAAUCCAAUGAAAAUAAAAGAAUGUUCAUAUGCUAUUAAUCAAUUAAAUUUAACAUUUAUAACAAAUUCACAUUAUUUACAAUUUGAACAAUCAUAUUCUCAAUGGUCAUUAUAUGAAUUAGAUAAAAGUAUUGGACACUUAUUUUCUGCAUAUUAUAUUAUGCAACAUAAUAAAACGUUAAUACAAUCAUCAUCAUUAUUAUCGGCGUCACCAUCAUAUUGUAUUGAAUGUAAAUCAUUCACAAAUUUAUCAUUAUAUGAUAUUGAUUGUUGUUGUGAAUUGUUUAAUUGGAAUUGGAAAAAAUUGAAUAUAUUCCUUUGGAAUAAUACCAUUGAUAACUAUAAGUGUUUCAGAUUGCCAUCAUUUUUAUUAUCAACUAAAUAUUCUGAAUUAUCAACAUCAUCAUUUAAAUCUCCUGUUAUUCCUGAUCUAAUCGAUUCAACAGAUAACAAUAUAAAUGAGAAAAUGUUCAUUGAAAAUUAUUCUCAUUCAGCUGAUAUGAUUAUUCAAAGUCGAAAUAGUAAAUCAUCUAAUAGUUUAAAAUCAUCAUCAUCCACAUCAAUUAAAUCGCAUAAAAUUAAUCGUCCACAUUCACAUAAUGAAGGAUUAGUUGUACCAGCUGCUUUAGGUGGAUCACAUAGAUCAACAGCAUAUAUGCGUCUUAAUAAUCGUGUACGUAUUAUUGAACGUAAUGUUUCUGUCAGUAUGAGGUACUUAGAAGAACUUAGUCAAAGUUAUCGUCGUCAAAUGGAACGUUUAGCACGUUCAUUUAAUCUUACUUAUGCUUGGUUAAAAGUAACAGCUCAUAGUGCUGAAGAACGUGAUCGUCAACAACAACAUCGUAUUUCACAAUUAGAAUUACAAUUGAAUGAUUUAACUGCGCGUAUAAAAUCUCGAUUAUUGAAUUCAUUACCUGCUUCUUCGUCAUCUGGUCAACCGGAUUUAACAUUAACAUCUUCUCCUCUAUCUUCCACCACUCCCAGUUCAUCAUCUUCAUCAGAAUCAGUAGUAACAACACCAGCCAAUACUGGAGGGACUGUAUCAAGUUCAUCUACUCCAAAAUCAUCAAAUUUAGUCACAUCACUUACUUCUCCACCACCAUUGCCUGACUUUGAAAGUUCUCUAGAUUGGAAUCCAUGGCUUAAAUCUCAACAUGAUGACUGGUAUAUGAUGGUUGAUGGUGAUAUGGUUGUAGGUAAUAAUAAUGAAGAUGUUGAUGAUGUGGAAUUUGAAUCAGAUGAUAGUUAUCAAACAAAUGAUGAUGUUUAUCUAUCAAGAUUAGAUGUUACUACUGCCACAUUGUCAAAAAAUUAUAAAGAAAAAUUUAAACAAACUACAACUGGCACUACGAACUCUAAAAGUCAUCAUAUUAACAGUGAUAGUGGUGGUAGUAGUGACAACAACCUUCUCAGCCCCAGCAGUAGUAGUGUCACUAAUAAUCCAAAUGAAUACAAUGCAAAAUCUUUAUUCAAUUCAUAUUUAUCUAGGAGAGAUUAUAAACAUCAACAUUAUCAUAUGGAAUCAUCAUCAUCAUUGUUCUCAGAAUGGAAACAAUUCGUACUUGGUUUGUUAUGGUUACAGUUCAGUUGGCCUGUAUGGUUAUAUAAUUUUGGAGUAUUUAUUCAUAAUUUCUGUCAAAUGAAUACAAUGAUUUUAAACGUAGGUCAAUGCGUUUUCCAUUCUUUAUUAUUUAUUUGUUUAUUUUUUAGCUUCUUAAUUGGAAUAGGUUUUACCACCUUAGUCCCCACUUUACAGUUGAUCAUGAAGUUUCAAGGUUGAACCCCAUCUGACAUAGAUUCAUCUUAUGAUUGAAUAAUACGUAAAAAACGACUAACUUCUUAUAAUAUGAAGAUACAAAUUUCAGAGAGAAACUAGGCUGAAUUAAACAUUUUAUUAUUACAAUAACUUUGAAGGUAGUUUUUAUCUUUAACUCAUCAGCAGCUUGGUGCUGUUGGAAGGCUUGUUAUCCUGAUUUUGAUGGUUUCACAUUAUUACUGACCUCUCAGUAUUACUCAUUGCAAACCACACGCUAUCUUUGAUUGUUAGGGGAGUCUUUUUGAAAUUACUCAAUUAGAAGCUAUGACUGCCAGUAAAGUUCAUGAUUUUCGGAAUUCUGAAACACUUAUCACUGAUAGUGAUAUAAUGACAACAGUGUAUUGUGUUGAACUUACUACAGUUUUUUUAUUUUAUGGAUCACCAGAUUCCCACUUAGCUAUUAAAAAUCGACCAUGCACUCGCCACGAGAUCUGAGAUAUAUUCCUAUGGGUUUGAAUUCUUCAUGAAGUUGUCAUGGUGCACUAUUCAGCUAUUUUAUAACAUUAAAUAAAACCUUAUUUUACUUUUAUUUACUUUUAUUUAAACACAUAAACAUCGGUACAAGGAGGCACCGAAUAGAUAUACGCCAUACAAAUCAUUCGAUUUGUAUGUAUCCUGGGAUACUGCUCAGGUCCCCAAACCGAAACAGGUGGAUUUUUAGGGGGCCACACCCGGAGCCUUCGACCUAAAGGUCUUUUCUACAAGGCAGUAGUUCAGCGUGAGGAGAUUCAGUCUGAUGGUAGUCAGUGACCAACAAUUGGUUCAUGUGCCAUUUGUUCCUUCAGGAUCCCGGAGUUCAUGUACACCAUUGGUUUGGAAUGAAGGUUUUCCAACUCCCCUAGGUAAACUCUCCAUAUCCACCAACUUGUUUAAAUUGCCGGAUAUUCGCUUUUCGUGUUGUUAAUUUCGUAGACAGUAGUAAUGUUACGAGAAGGUAGUGAGUAGGACUUUCCUGGCAGUGGUUGGAUGCAUGUGGCUACUUGAGAGCAUUUGAAGAGAGAGAGCUGACUCUCCACACUCUUGGCCGUACCAGGGAAUUUGGGGGAUUUGUAUGGCACAUAUGUAUCUGGUGCCCCCCAUUGUACCAUUAUCUGUGUGUUCAAAUAAAAAAUAAAAAAUACAAUAUAUUAUAUAAUUCUUAAUUUUUUUAAAUUAUCUUCUUUAAUGUGUAUAUAGAUAUUCAGUUUGAUAUUUCUUCAUAUAAUAUUAGCAUCCAUUGUUCAUUUGAUCAUUUAUUGGAUUUGGCUUAGACCUAAAAAUCAUAUAAUAAGUAAAUUUGAUACAGAAUUAUUAUUAUUAUCUAAUUUAUAUCAAGUAUUAUAUUGUAAAAAAAAUCAUCAAAAUUCUAAUAGUUGUAUUGUAUAUUUGAAUCCAACGAAUUCUACACAAGAUAGAACACAUUUACUUCCUUCAAUCAAUAUUAAUACAAUUACUACCAAUGAUAUUAAUAGUAAUAAUAAUAAUAAUCCUCAUAUUACUUAUAAUGUUGGUAGUGAACACUAUGAUCAUGAAUAUGACAGGAAACAGUCUUUUGACAAAGCAUCUAGCAUUAUUCUUACAAAUACUAUGACUACUGCUCAUGAUAAUAGUCAUAAUAAUAAUAAUAAUAAUAAUAAUAAUAAUAAUAAU